AUGAAACUCCAAGUGCUGAUCAUCUUCACCUCAGUCCUGGUGGCUCACUACGCAUCCUCACGUGUCAGUAUUCCAGAUUCUGAGGGACUUGGAGAUGUGGAUCAGAGAGGGAUGGAUGAGCGCAGCACCUCAGAAGAUGACAGGAUUUGCUUCCUGUUGAAGGAGAAGGACUCAGAGAGACACAUUUCCUGUCAACACCGUUUAACCCGCAGUAAAUUUAAUUACAACCCGUUUGGGCUGCGCUUUGGCAAGAGAGAGGGACGAUUAAAACCGGGCCGAUCAGGACCGAGGGACAUGAUCCCACUUCUGCUUUUUGUGAGAGAACUGGAGGAAGAGUCAUGA